AUGACGAACGUCGUCCCUAGUGCAAUGCGAGGCUUCUACAGUUUCAACGACAGGACGCGUUCGACGUCAGUCGGAAUCGCUGGGAGUAUGAUGAUCACUUUUCCUGUCGAGAGUCGAGAGCCAGGGCCCAUUCACUCAUACCCAGCCUCGCAGUCGAAGGGGCGUUGGGUACCUCCGUCUACUUCGCAGCCGCCGCAUCCCGCGGGUCUUCUUCCGGAUGACUUCGAGCAUGGGCCCACAGAGCUUCCUCCUCGCCCGUAUCCUCAGCCUUCUCCACCCGGAGGGAGAAGCGCAUCCCCCACUCGUACGAAGGAUAAUGACAAAGGGAAGGGAAAGACGAGUAGGCGCAAACCUAAUCUUCCGGAUGACGUGAUGGACUACUUGCCGACGCUCGAGGGCCGGUUAUGCAAGAUCGAGCUGGGUCUCAGGGACUACAUCGACUAUCGCAAGCAGCGAGCGAUUGAGAAGUCGCUCCUGCCCCCGCCACCACGUACGCAUAGUGAUCCCGGUGUCGCUCGCCGUCCACCUCCGUACCCUUCCACGGCUCCGUAUAGGUCAUUACCUUCUCAGCCUCAUGCAUCGUCGUCGUACGUGUACGAUUCAGAUCGACAAGGUUGA